GGACUGUCUGCACCUCUAGAAGAUUUCGCAGCAAUGCUGGACUGCAGCGACUAUGUCCCAGACUCAAGAAUGAACAAUCCGUCAGAAACCAGUAAAUCGCCUAUGGAGAGUGGAGAUGGCAGCACUGGCACACAAACCAAUGGUCUGGACUUUCAGAAGCAACCUGUGCCCGUUGGAGGAGCUAUCUCAACAGCCCAGGCCCAGGCUUUCUUCGGACAUCUCCACCAGGUCCAGCUCGCUGGGACAAGUUUACAGGCUGCCACUCAGUCUCUAAAUGUACAGUCUAAGUCUAAUGAAGAACCGGGGGAUUUACAGCAGCCAAGCCAGCCUUCCCAGCAGCCUUCAGUGCAGGCAGCCAUCCCCCAGACCCAGCUUAUGCUGGCUGGAGGACAGAUAACCGGGCUCACUUUGACGCCAGCCCAGCAACAGUUGCUGCUGCAGCAGGCGCAGGCGCAGGCACAGCUGCUGGCCGCCGCGGUGCAGCAGCAUUCCGCCAGCCAGCAACACAGCGCCGCCGGGGCCACCAUCUCAGCCUCCGCCGCCACGCCCAUGACGCAGAUCCCCCUGUCUCAGCCCAUACAGAUCGCACAGGAUCUGCAGCAACUGCAACAACUGCAACAGCAGAAUCUCACCUGCAACAGUUCGUGUUGGUCCACCCCGACCACCAGCCUGCAGCCAGCGCAGUUCAUCAUCUCCCAGACGCCCCAGGGCCAGCAGGGUCUCCUGCAAGCGCAAAAUCUUUUAACGCAACUACCUCAGCAAAGCCAAGACCUCCUACAGUCGCAGCCAAGCAUCACCCUCACCUCCAGGUCACCAGCAACCCCAACACGCACAAUAGCAGCCACCCCCAUUCAAACACUCCCGCAGAGCCAGUCAACACCAAAGCGCAUCGACACCCCCAGCUUGGAGGAGCCCAGUGACCUGGAGGAGCUUGAGCAGUUUGCCAAGACCUUCAAACAAAGACGGAUCAAACUCGGAUUCACUCAGGGCGAUGUUGGGCUCGCGAUGGGAAAACUGUAUGGAAACGACUUCAGCCAAACUACCAUCUCGCGCUUCGAAGCCUUGAACCUCAGCUUUAAGAACAUGUGCAAGUUAAAGCCGCUUUUGGAGAAGUGGCUGAAUGACGCAGAGAACCUCUCGUCUGAUUCGUCUCUCUCCAGCCCAAGUGCCCUGAAUUCUCCAGGGCUGGUAACUGAGGGCUUGAACCGUAGGAGGAAGAAACGCACCAGCAUAGAGACCAACAUCCGUGUGGCCUUAGAGAAGAGUUUCUUGGAGAAUCAAAAGCCUACCUCGGAAGAGAUCACCAUGAUUGCUGAUCAGCUCAGUAUGGAAAAGGAGGUGAUCCGCGUUUGGUUUUGUAACCGCCGGCAGAAGGAAAAAAGAAUCAACCCGCCCAGCAGUGGAGGGACCAGCAGCUCACCUAUCAAAGCAAUUUUCCCCAGCCCGACCUCACUGGUGGCGACCACGCCAAGCCUUGUUACGAGCAGUGCAGCAACUACCCUCACAGUGAACCCGGUCCUGCCCCUGACCAGCGCUGCGGUGACCAACCUCGCUGUUACAGGCACUACAGACACCACCUCCAACAACACUGCGACCGUGAUUUCCACAGCACCGCCCGCUUCCUCAGCAGUCACGUCCCCGUCUCUGAGUCCCUCCCCUUCUGCCUCGGCCUCGACCUCCGAGGCGUCGAGUGCCAGUGAGACCAGCACAACACAGACCACCUCCACUCCUCUGCCCUCUGCUGUCGGGACCAGCCAGGUGAUGGUGACAGCAUCAGGGUUGCAAACAGCAGCAGCUGCCGCCCUCCAGGGAGCUGCCCAGUUGCCAGCAAAUGCCAGUCUUGCUGCCAUGGCCGCCGCCGCAGGACUCAACCCAGGCCUAAUGGCGCCCUCACAGUUUGCCGCUGGAGGUGCCUUACUCAGUCUCAGUCCAGGGACCCUGGGCGGUGCUCUGAGCCCAGCUCUGAUGAGCAACAGCACACUGGCAACCAUUCAAGCUCUGGCUUCUGGUGGCUCUCUUCCAAUAACAUCACUGGAUGCAACUGGGAACCUGGUAUUUGCCAAUGCGGGAGGAGCCCCCAACAUCGUGACUGCCCCUCUGUUCCUGAACCCUCAGAACCUCUCUCUGCUCACCAGCAACCCGGUCAGCUUGGUCUCUGCCGCCGCGGGGAGCUCCGGGCCUGUGGCCAGCCUUCACGCCAGCUCUACGUCCACGGAGUCCAUGCAGAACUCGCUGUUCACGGUGGCUUCUGCCAGCGGGGCGGCUUCCACCACCACCACCGCCUCCAAGGCACAGUGAGCGGGGCUGGGCAGGCGGCCAGCCGAGCCGAGACUGAAGAUGCCAUUGGCUGCCUCUUGCCAUGGUGCAAGGGAGACAAGGAGAGAAGGCAGAACACGUGCCGAGAGGAAGGAUGGAGACGGGACAACGUUUGCCUAAUUUUGUAAUAAAACACUGUCUUUUCAGGAUUGCUUCAUGGAUUGGAGAACUUUCUAACCAAAAAUUUAAAAAAAAAAAAAAAGCAGAAACAAAAAAAUCAAAAACAAAAAAAUAAGUGAAAGGACUACUUAUCAUUUCCAGCAGUCAUGAUGACAAGUCAAGGUGGGUUACCAAUUCUGACAUAGGAAGGGGAUUUCUUGUUUGUCUCGGUUCCUUUUUUCUUAAAAAAAUCAUUUGUAUGGGUCUGUUGUACAGGCCAUUAAGUCCUAAGAAGGUGUUUAUAAUCGUUUCCAUUGUGUUGGGGGUUCCUUUCUUAACUGGUACAAUGUAGGCGGGCCCGUUUACUGUAUCUCUGUUAUUGUUGUUGUUGUUAUUGUUUUUAUAGAGAGAGUUUGGACAUGUUUAUCUCUUGCUCCUGGAUCCUAUUUCAGUGAGCUCCCAUGCUGUGGGGAGGGAGGGUUUGGGGAUGGGGGGAACUGACCUUCUUAACUGCGGGAAUGUUCUUGCUGGUUUCCUUAUCCUCGACGACUCUUACAGAGGUGCUAGAAAAUUAGUUUCUUUUGCCACUUAUGCAAGAGGCUCGCUGCAGAAGCUGAAGGCAGUGUGUGCAAACAGUCCUACGCCACACACGCUCCAUCAGGCGGUGCCUUCAGAGCGCUUCUGUGUAGGAAGGAGUCCCUGCUGAACUAGCUCUCACCCUAACCCCUGACUGGCCUGAGGCCCGGCCUAGGCCCUGGCCUGCGCACCGCGGCCGGGCUCGGCUCGGCUCCGAAGAGCAAAGACUACUGCAGACACCUGCCUGGUGGCUCUCCUUACUUCUUACCCUGAGAAAUGCUCCUACUGUUGGUGUGUGUGUGUGUCUGUUCCAUUUGGUGGAAGUUUCUCAUCCAGACUUCCCAUAACUUAACUUGGCAAAGAACAAAGAACAAAUCGACUCGUUGAAGUUGGGAAACGGUGCCCUUCUUUGUUUUCUAAAGGAACUCUCCUGGACUGACCCAUGGGUUCCCGAUCACCAAAGGCGGUGUGAUGAGAAGAGUCUGAGGUUCCUACCUGUCCCUCUGGCCACAGACUUCGUUUUCGCCAGGCGGCCUCUGCACCCCUCUCGCCCUGAGGCCCCUGGUCCUCACUAGGCGGCCAGGGGUGUGGAGAGCCUUGAAGCCGGACGUUGGCACGCACCUCACGUGUCUCCUUGGUUGUGAGAGGUGCUCCUGCUAGCGAGGUCGGCCGAACGCGGUGGCAUCUCCAGUCAGAGUAGAGAGUGAGGAGCUUCUGUAAUUAUUUCCAGGGCGUUUCUAGACCAUGUAAAUGAGCCCCAGAGAAGGAAGAGUUGAUGAAAGUAGAUGAAGAAGAAUGAGGGUAACUUGGAAAUUAGAUCCCUGUUUGCCAAUGGACUAUUAUUAUAGUAUCUGUACCAAAAAAUGUCCCCAAAGACUGGCUCGCCGCAGUGCAGCUCCUCUGAGCCCCCUUCCGUCUGGAGUCGAAGGUUCCUGUCGGGUUGGGUGUGGGGGGUGCCUGCUCUCGUCUCCCUGUCUCCCUCCGGUGGUCACAAGGCUGCACUUCCCUCUGAGUGCUGGGGGGGCUGCAAGAGCGCAGGUCCUGCUCUUCUCACUGCUCUGCGGCGGCUGCAGGGGCUCGGCUGGUUCUGUGCUGUUGUGUGUCUUCACAGCGGGGGAGCAGCUGUCUGUGGGCGUCCACCGGGAGACAGGCCCAUUCGUGUCCCAAGGCCAGAAGCUGUUAGUCCCCUCGUUGGUGUUUCUGGUGUUUCUUCUGUCCUCCCCUUUUAUUUGACUGAGUAUUUAAUUACCACCCUAAAUGUCCUCUUCUCACUCUUCACCUUCCCCCAAAUCCUCCAAAAUCAGUGAACUGCAAGCAGGGAGACUAACAAAUGUCCAUCCACCUUUUUAAUGUGUGGUGUGUUUUUUUAUGUUGUUUUUUUAACUAAGCUUGAACCAAAGUCAAUUUCUAGCAAGCUGCUGUACUAAUGGACUAGUUUAUAACGUGCGGUUCAGACACAUUGAGGAGUUAGAUGCUACUGACAAUUUCUUUUCUCAUUGUCUUUAUUAAUUUUAUAUAAAAGUUGCUGCUUGUUUUAAUCUUUUGUGUUGGUAAAUUGUACUAUCCUCUGGGCAGACAUUAACUUGAUUUUUAAGUAGUUUAUUUAGUUUGGUGUGUAAAUAGAAUGGCAGUGUCAGUUAUUAACUUUUCUCCAUCCCGCUGUUUGAUGUAGUUGAAUUUAAUCUUUUAUCCUGACUUGACAUCUCUAACUUGAGUCUGUGCAAAUGGUUUUAGGACUGUCAAUCAUACUGCAGCUGCCCACGGGUAGGAGUCCCUCCCUUGGGAGUGGUGAGUUCGGAGGCAGGAUUCAGGGAGGGAAAUGCUGAUACCCACCGUACUGGGUUAGAGGUUAUAGCAUGAAUUUCCCAAAAUUGCUACCAAAGGAAGUGUCGAGUCCCAAGGACUCAAGCCCAGUGGAUUAAGAGGAAGGGCAAGGAAAGGCUGAGUUUGUUUGUUUCCCCGUAUGGUUCAAAAGUUGCUCCUUCUCCCAAGUAAGAUUCACCAAUGACUUUAGUGUUGAAAACGAUACUAAACCUAAAUGCCAGUGCUGCGGUCCUCCGUUCCCGGCCUGCCUGUCGAGUUGGGAGAAGGGGGUUCUGCCUGGGGAUCACUUGAUGAGAAUAAACCUUAAACCAGCAAAACAAACAAAUAAAGCAAAAACCCUGUACUUAAAAGAGAUAAAUCUUAGACAAAGGUAACUUUCAAUUUUUUUUGUUUUUGUUUUUUUCCUCUUACUUAAAAACAAGUUGUGAAAUGAAAGGUACAUCCAUACAAGUACACGCAAAACACUAAAACAGCUUGUUGAUGGUGUGGAGCUGAAAAUCGACUCCCAGGCACCAACCCUAGACAUUCUAGUGGUCUCAUGACUCAGCCUUUAGUCCUUUGUUACUUUCUGUCAUCUUUUUUAUCAUCUCAAGAAAUGCUUUCUGAAUCGAAUGAAUCUUCUAAGCUAGGCACUCUGCCUUAGCUUUUAGACACACAUAUGGGAGUCUGGAAGUUAAGGGGGGCCAUUUGACCAAAAAGAGACGUUUGGUAGACUUCCUGCGUUUCUGAGAAGAAGGGCCAGAUAGGUCAUCACAUUUCAUUGUAUCGUUCUUUUUUUUCCCCCUGAGUGUUUAUGCAAGUUUUAUUUCGUCCCUGAAUUUGGUUAACACAUUAAACCAAAGACUAAUCCUAAAUGCAUUUGUAGCAUACGAUAUUUGCCCAUGAUGGUGGGCCCUCCCUAGGGAGUGGUGAAUGUAAUGUUUGAAUCCUGCUUAUCACAGGCAAUGGGUUUGCUCAUGAACUCUAUUUGUGCCCUGUAUAAAUCUGAAGGACAGAGCAAAAAAACCUAGGAAAGGGCUUCUCGCAGGAACCGGAAUUGUUCCUGAUGUAAGAAAUAAGUUGAGUGCUGUAUUAGUUUAAAUGUUUCUGAAGGUAUAUAGGCCGCUCUUUAGAAUUAUGUAGACUGCUCAUACCCGUUACACACUCCCUUUUAUUUAUCUGAUAAGAAAGGUCAGUACCAUCCCAAUUUACUCAGCUUAUUGUUAGAGAAAUGGAACCAAAGGAAUCCAGCUGUCAUUUUGUGUAGGACCUUACCUGUUUGUACUUCAUUAUAGCAUUAUUAGAAAUUAACAAUUUUUUUAAAGGGAAAAUAAGACUAAUUAAAAUAUUUUUAGUGGGAUUAUCUUGCCAAUUUGUUCUACAUAAUUCAUUGUCAUGGGAAAAAAGCACAAUUAUACCUCCUUUUUAAAUGUUAUGUUGUCCUAUUAUCCCCCGUUUCUUUGGGAAGGAAGGUAGGGGAAACCUUGCCUGGAUUAUCCGGAAGCACAGAUAUUUGCUUGAUACAAUACUUAAAUUCAGCCCAAUCUUUAACAUUACAUUUUCUAUGUAAAUUGCUGGGAAAGCUGGAUGCAUUUGCAAAUAUGGGAAAUUAAUGCAGAUUUUUUUGAUGUUCUAAAUCCUGACAGUCAGCAUUGCAAUUAGUGUGUAAGAAACACACGACUUACAGAAGAAACUCUUCGUACUUCACAGUGUAGUGUCAUCCCAGGCAUGCCAUCCUCACAGAACUUUCUUUCCCAAGAAAAAAGUAAAAUCGUUGAGAUAGGAAGAAAAGGG